UAUCUUUUCAAAUCCUGGAACGAGAUCCUUACGAAUUAAGCGAAUUUUGGUUUGAUUGAUGGAAACAGAAGAUUGUAGAGAGCGGCAAAUGGCGAUCGAGUACGAACCAAUCAAGGGAUACGCUAAUGAUUCGGAGGGUUCCGUUUAUGCGCAAGACAAGUAUUUGGGCAUUGGUAUUGAUAUAGACAAUGCAGAGAAAAUCCAAGAUGAUGAUGAGAAGAAAUUGAGUCAGUUGGCUAUUCAGAUCUCCUACCCGAACAUUGUUAACAGAGGUGAAGAAAGUCCCUUAGUCCCCACUUCCACCUCAACAAACCUUCCUCUCCACCGCCAACAGCCGCCGCAGCGGCUCGUUUCCUUGGACGUUUUCCGGGGGCUCACCAUUGCGCUAAUGAUACUUGUAGACGAUGUUGGUGGCCUUCUUCCAGCUAUCAAUCAUUCACCAUGGAAUGGUUUAACCCUUGCAGAUUAUGUCAUGCCAUUUUUCCUCUUCAUAGUUGGUGUUUCACUAGGACUGACAUACAAGAGAGUGUCUUGCAGAGUUACUGCAACUAGAAAGGCAAUAUUGCGGGCGCUGAAGCUUCUGAUUUUAGGCCUUUUUUUACAAGGAGGCUUCUUCCAUGGGAUCAAGAAUUUAACAUAUGGGAUUGAUAUUGAUCAAAUGAGGCUGAUGGGAAUACUGCAGAGAAUUGCAAUAGCAUACUUAGUAGCUGCAUUGUGCGAGAUUUGGCUGAAGGGUGAUAAUCAUGCAACUUCACAGUUAGCUCUGCUGAGAAAGUAUCAAUUUCAGUGGCUUGCUGCUUCUGUGCUUGCUGUCAUAUACAUUUCCUUGUUAUAUGGCUUGUACGUACCCACUUGGCAAUAUCAGAUUCCAGAUUCAACUUCUUCCUCGGCACCAAAGAUUCUUUCAGUGAAUUGUGGAGUACGUGGUGACACUGGACCAGCUUGUAAUGUGAUUGGAAUGAUUGAUCGUAAAAUACUUGGUAUUCAACAUUUGUACAGGAAACCUGUAUUUGAAAGAACAAAGCAAUGCAGCAUUAACUCACCUGAUAAUGGCCCAUUACCUUUUGAUGCCCCUACUUGGUGCCAAGCCCCUUUUGAACCAGAAGGACUUCUGAGUUCAGUGAUGGCAGUUGUGACCUGCUUGGUCGGUUUACAUUAUGGGCAUAUGAUUGUCCACUUUAAGGAUCACCGUGAUCGAAUUCGUCUGUGGCUAAUUCCAUCUUCAGCUUUUCUAGUCUUGGGGCUUGCCUUGGACAUUUUUGGAAUGCAUAUUAACAAGGCUCUUUACACAUUCAGUUACAUGUGUGUUACUGCUGGUGCUGCUGGCUUUCUCUUUGCCGGAAUCUAUCUACUGGUUGACAUCUAUGGAUAUCGACGCAUGGCAUCAGUGUUGGAGUGGAUGGGAAAGCAUGCAUUGAUAAUAUACAUCCUUGCAGCCUGCAACAUCAUUCCAAUCAUCAUACAGGGAUUCUAUUGGAAGCAACCCCAAAAUAACAUUCUUAGCUUAAUUGGAAUUGGAAGAUGAAGUGACCAUUCUGUUGCAGUCCAUGGAAAUAUUGGUUUUUUCUCUACCUCUUUUAUCAACUUCCUACUGUGAUUCUCUCUCUCUCUCUACUUAAGUUGACCUCAAACCGGAGUGAGAAAAUAGAGGUAUAGUGUAGGCAGGUGGAAAAUAUGUUUUGUAUAUCAAGAGUACUGAGCAGAGCAAUGCUUUCUUGAGCAUUCUACUUCCAAAUAUUUUAGGACAAUUUGAUAUCAUCUCUAUUGAUUGAAGAUCUAAUGAUAUUCUUAUCAUUUUGGCACUGAGAAACCAGCUUAAUUGGAAAUGAAAGGGUUAUUUUUUUA